AUGUCCAUUCGAAAUUUCCUGCAAGGAAAAUCGAGCAUCAGCGGUAAUGGCGGCAGUUCCGGUGGCGGCGGGAGUGGAAGCAUAAACGGAGGACUGGCAGGUGUCGGUAUUGGCAGCGGAAUGCCCGGUGGAAUGCCCGGCGGAAUGCCCGGCGGCGGGAUGAUCGCUGGUACUGGCUUGAACGGAGAAGACGGGGAUGACGGGACCGGCAUGGCUCAUGUGGUCGACGGCGGGCAGCCCGGAAUGGCCAAGGCCUGGGAAGUCGAGGCUCGGGAGCAACGCAUGCGCGCUCAGGUUGCCGAAGAAGCACACCUCUACGGAACGCAACAGAUCCUUACCUACCUCAAACAAAUCGGUGCCGGCCCAAAACGCAACGUCAACGCCGUGGAGCAGAUCCUGCUGUAUUGCAACGCGCUGAUAAAGGAGCGCCACGCCACCGAGAGCGAUGCGAAGCUCAAAGCCCGCAAGCUCGGUGAGGCCACUGCUGAGAUCAAGUUCUUGCAAGGCGAUGUCAAGGAGGCGCUCAAUGACAAGCGCCAGGCCGUGAUUGAAGCUGAAAACUACCGCCGCAAGUACAAGGAGAACAAGGAGAAACUCGAAAAGGCCGACUUCAAGCGCGACGAGGCCGUCGCCAAAGUCACGCGCCAGAUGAAGGAAGCCGCUGCUGCUCACGUCCUGGACAAGCAGCAGUCUGAGGCCCAGCUCCGCAUGCAGCUCGGCGUCCUCGAAACGCAGAUCCACCGCAUGCAAGGCGAGCACCAAGCAGCGCUGACCCAGCUUGAAGCCAAACAUGCCGAAAAACUCGAAGAAGAGGAGGCCAAGCACAAGGUGGAUAAGAAGACGCUGCACGACGAAAAGGAGCGCGAGAUUGACGAGAUCAUCGACGCGCACGAGGCGGAAGCGGCAAUUCUCAAAGAAAAGAUCCGCGAACUGGCGUCCGACCUGAUCUCGCAGACCGAUGACUUCCGGCCAGCCACCGACCAGGCUCUGCGUAUCAAACUGCUCGACCUGCGCAACCGCAUCAAGAACAUUACCGUGCCUAACAACCUACACCUUCGCUUAGACGGCGGUGGGAAAGGCAAUGGUGGCGAGGGCGGCGCAAAUGGUGCAAACGGCGGAGACAGCAAUGCACCAGGAGGCGGCGCCUCGGCCCUGCAUCAGCUGCCAGCCGAUUUGGAUCCCACAGGCUUUGUUGCCCGGCAUGGGUCACGCGAUCUUCAAUACAUCCUGCGUGGUCUCGUGUGGAACGUGUUGGUCUCGGCCUUUUUCUCUGCGCCGUUUGGCUUUGGUUUCCUGGGGCCAGAAUCCCAACGAAACCCUGGCCGACAACAACUUCUUGAAAUUCAUCGCUCAUGGAUCCGACUCUACGAAGGACAACAGCCGUAUCGCUACGCGCAUGAUACCGACGAGUUCGCCAUGUACAGGCGCGACUACAAUGCCAACAAGCUACGCUCGGCCGUCUUUCAGUCCUUCCUCCCCGUCGUCUUUCCGGAAAAGGCUGCUGCUCGCCAGCAACAAAUGGGAUCUGCACCUUCGUCUGACCAUCAGCAGCAGCAAACUCUGACGCUGCAGCAACUGCCACCGCUACCCUCGACACAAAACCAACCUCACCCCGGUGACGCAUCCUGGCCAGGCCAGUACCAGGCGUUCCAACCGGGCGGCGGACAGUCCGCCCCGCCACCCUACUCGGCGAAUGGCUCUCCACCGCCGCCGCCUCCGCGACGUUCGGCUGUCAACAGUUUGAGUGGUUUUAUGGGUGGUAGUGGUGGUUCUGCCGAACCGGGUAUUGCCGCCUGGCACCGCCAACACUGCGAAGCCGUUGUCACCAGCAUCAAGCAGCUGCUCGACCGCAUCACCGGCUACGCCACCCGCCCCGACGCGCUCGAGGCCGUUCCCGCUAUUGUCAACCUCGCGGCCGAGCUUGGAAUCGAGUUUGGUGUCCAGCGGGCCCAGGUCUGGCUUGUCAUGCCGCAACGGAACGAGCUGGUGCAAGCCGGGCCCGAGUACCAGGACUGUUUGGGCGGUGGCAGCGGCGCCUCCGACAACAACGACAAGGAACACGGCCGCGAUCUCAAGGUCGAUCUCAUGGUAUCGCCUGGUAUUGUGCGCGUUGGUGACGGCCGUGGCGACUUGAGUGUGCGCAAGGCCCUCGUGCCAUGCGAAGUGAUUCCAUUUUCAUGA